AUGAUGAAAUUCAAUGAUGACUUCAAAGAAGAAGUAAGUAACUUCUUAUUAUCGGCUGUUCGUCAAGGAGAUAUCAAAGCGCUUGAAAAACAUUUAUCGGCAUUGAACAAUCCUGAAAUUUAUUUAAACCGAACGUAUGAUGAACCGGACAAACAAAAAUGCACUUUACUUAUGAUUGCUUGUUUAAAUAAGUUUGAAGGUAUGGUACAAAUAUUACUUAAUUAUUCUAGACUAGAUCUCGAAGUGCUAAAUGAUAUACAACUCAUAGAAAACGAUCAAAGUUUAUUAUUGUAUCAAAAUGUGACUGUUUUAUGGGUAGCAGCUGCCAUCAAUAAUUUUAAAAUUGUGAAAUUACUUGUCGAACAUGGAGCUCAAAUCAAUCAUCCAACCAAAACGAAUUCAACAGCAUUUCGUUGUGCUUGUUGGAAUGGUAAUAUUGAUAUGGCUCGUUAUUUGAACAAGAAUGGUGCUGAUAUACAUAUUGCCAAAAUACAUAAUGAAACGAAUCUUAUUGCAAGUGUUUACAAUGGAGGUUUAAAAAUGACAACUUAUCUUGUUGAUGAAUUAGGUUGUGAUGUGAAUGAAUCGACAGAUGAUGGACGUUCACCACUCUACUUUGCUGUAGAUCGUACAUCAUUAGAAUUAGUUCGAUUUUUAUUGAAUCAUGGUGCUCGAAAUUUUCGAGCAAAUUAUGAUCAAAUGUCUCCACUAUUAUUAGCAGCUGACAAGAGACGAAUUGAUCUUGUCGAUGUUAUUUCAUCACAAUGUUCAUUGCUAGAACAGAUUGAAGCGCAAGAAUUAUUUGGAAGUGCUUUUACCUGUCGUGAACAUGGAAUUUGUAAUCUUAAAAAGUCGUUUGAAUACUUCUAUGGAGCACUUGAACUUCGAUCUCAACAUAAUCUUCCUAAAAUUCGACGUUUAUCAACCGUUGAAGUGCUCGAUAAUCGACAAGAAUGUCAAACAAUGGAUGAGUUAGAAAAAUCUCGAUUAAACGAUGAUUAUAUUUACAUUGAAGCAUUACUCGUACGUGAACGUUUACUUGGAUCAACUAAUGCAAAAUACCACCGUUCUCUACGAUAUCGUGGUGCCGCUCUAAUUGAUAAUGCACAAUAUCAUAGAGGAAUUUGUUUUUGGUUGUACGAACUUAAUUUAUGUCGACAACAUUCAUUAUCUAUCAACAUUAAUAAUUUGCGUCAGUGGGCUUCAAUUUUUAGUGACAUGACACGUAAAUCAAUAUCGAUACCAAUUGUGACUUGGCAAACAAUAAUAACAGUAAUAGUUGAAGAGUUAGAACAUAAUACAAAGAAUUUUGAUUAUAAUCUGCAUACUUUACUUUUCCUAAUAACAAUUGUUAGUCAGCUAAUGGCAACAACACAAAUGAUGAAGGUUACUCUUCAACGAGAUAGUUUGCAUACUCCAUGGGGUUUUCGAUUGCAAGGUGGAGCAGAUUUUCGAACACCAUUUACUAUUAAUAAAAUUAAUGCUGGUAGUCCAGCUGAUGGUAAUCUUCAGCGUGGUGAUAUUAUUCUUGAAAUAAAUCAACAACCAAUUAGUCAUAUGUUUCAUACAGAUGCACUUGAAUUAAUACAACGAGCUGGUGGUCAAAUAACAUUUCUUAUACAAAAAGGAUCCAAUCAAAUUCCUCAUAUAUCAUUGUCACAAAAUCAACGUUCAACAUCAGCUGUACCAUGGUCAUAUGGAAAUUCAAGUCCAUCUUGGUCUUCAUCACCCAAUCAACUUAGUCCUUUGUCAUAUUUUCGAAAUCGACCGCUGGAAAGAAUACCUGAACCUAAACCAUUGCUUAGUCAAACAGGUAGUCCAAUGAUGCCUGGUCCAGUUCCAUCGGUAUCAACGAAAACACGAGGUUAUAUGCAACCACCUUCUUUUCAUACAGCACGAGGCAAUCAACGUGAGAAUAUUUCGUAUCCUCCUAUUCGUUUUGUUUAUCCAGGUCCAACAUAUAAUCAUCGUAGUCGAACUACAUCAGCAACAACAACUUAUCAAAAUUCAUCACCAUGGAAAGAACCAUUAAAUAAUGAAACUGAUAGAUAUAUACCUUCAUAUCAAAAACAAGUUCAUGUAAAUCCUAAUGUUCAAACACAACAUUUUAAUCCACCAAAUCUUGUUCAUCGUCAAUUUAAUUCACCUAUAUCACUUUAUUCAAAUGAUAAUGUACAAGAAGUUAUGAAUCAUCAUAUUAAUCGUGUUAAUCAUAUGAAUCAGGGUGAAUUUAUAACUGACUUUUAA